UCUACAUUUAUUUAGCUGCCUUUCCCAGUUGCUAGCCACCACUUCCACUUACAUAAACGACGCUCAAUCGUCAAUCCUCAAUACAGCACAAUAGCAUCAAAACAGCGUGUCUUCCCCUUCUUUCUAAAACAAUAUCAACACAAGACACACACACACCAUGGCGCCCGAAAACAUCAACGUGUUCGUCACGACCUUCUCAGGCCUAGGCCUACCGCCUACCCUAUCCUUCCCCAUCCCAUCCACCACAACCUUCUCCGACCUGCACCACCGCAUCGAAGACCGCCUGCCCCCGACAAAUUCCCGCCUCAUCCUCACCACCAUAUCCAACAAGCAACUCCUCCCCAACUCCCGCUCCCUCGUCUCCUCCCUCUGCGCCACCUCCUCCGAUGCCUUCGUCUCCCUGCGGCUCUCCCUGCCCCUCUGCGGCGGCAAAGGCGGCUUCGGCUCGCAGCUGCGCGCCGCCGGCGGCCGGAUGUCGUCGAAGAAGAAGAAGAACCGCGGCGACGAGAACGGGUCGAGCCGGAACCUCGACGGGCGCCGCCUGCGCACCGUCAACGAGGCGAAGGCCCUCGCAGAGUACCUCGCCAUCAAGCCCGAGAUGGAGCAGAAGGAGAAGGAGAAGCGGCGCGCGCGGUGGCAACAGAUCGUCGACGCCGCCGACGAGCGGGAGCACGAGAUCAAGAACAGCACCAAGGGAAGGCUCGACGGCAAGUGGGUCGAGGAUAAGGAGGAGGCCGGCGAGCGCACGCGCGAGGCAGUGCUCGCUGCUAUCAAGGCCGGCAAUUAUAAGGACAAUCUGCUCGGCACAUCCCAUGGCUCGACCUCCGCGGAGGAUAUGGACGAAGACACAUCGAGUGAGGGAGAGGAAGCAGAACAAUCUGGAGAGUCCAGUGGAUCCAAGACUACGACGCGACCAACAACAACAACAGCGUCAUCGUCAAAGCAGCCGCUCACGAGAGCAUUCGCCAGUUUCGACGAGGAUGACGAAUUUAUGAGCUCCUCUGACGAGGAAGAGGAGGAAGAGAAGAGCAAGUAGGAAGGAGGCCAAUAGAUUUUAAUACGAUACCCACGAAUGAGCGAGAUGAACAUAGAUAGUAUAAUGUAACAUUACCAUGAUCAAAGUGAACUGCUGUCUUUCGUUCUCGAGAGACUUGUAGCUGACAAACGGUUGUCAACUCUCCUUUGCUCUAUAAGCGCUUGAUUUAGGUACUCGGCACGCUCCGGAACCUAUGUACACAAUUUACCUCUGACCACGAUGAACUUAUCCUACCUAUCCAUAUCAUCUCCUACUUAUACCCAAACAAAUCAUCUCAGCUUAUAAAGCAAACGGAUAUGCGUACUACUGUGUGGC